AACCAUAUAUCCAUAACUUUUUAUUACAAGAUCUGUCACUAUUUCAAACCCUAAGAAGUAGUUUUGACUAAGCCGAACUUGAAAAUUCUGUUUUUUUUUUUUAUGUUUGUUUUUAACUCGAAUAGAAAGUCAAACAUUUAAAAACUUAAUUACAUAAUUAAAAAACUUAUUUCCCUUCUAUAUAUAAAGUGAAAUAAGUAAUUAUUAUUCGAAUAUAAAGAAAAAAAUAGUGGUGAAGUGGGCGUACACUUCGAAGCUGGAAGGAGAGGCAGAAAGAAGGCCGCCUCGCCUAGAUAUUCACUCCUUUGCAUUUUUCUUUCCCUCAUAAACUCUCUCUCUCUCUCUCUCUCUCUCUCUCACUACACUCAAGCGAAUUCCAAACAAUGACGACCGCCAUGUUGAGAUCUGCCCUGCGGAAGAGAGCGGCGGCGUCAUACUUGUCGAGCCGUGGCUUCGCUUCGGCGCCGGGGCAACAACGGAAGGUCGCGAUUUUGGGCGCCGCCGGCGGGAUCGGGCAGCCGCUAUCUCUUUUGAUGAAGCUGAAUCCGAUGGUCUCGCACCUCUCUCUCUACGAUAUCGCCGGAACACCUGGUGUCGCCGCUGACGUUAGCCACAUUAACACCAGAUCUGAGGUGAAAGGAUAUGCGGGUGAGGAUCAGCUAGGGGCUGCUUUGGAGGGUUCAGAUGUGGUCAUUAUUCCAGCUGGUGUGCCAAGAAAGCCUGGCAUGACCCGUGAUGACCUCUUCAAGAUUAAUGCCGGCAUUGUCAAAUCUCUUUGUGAGGCAAUUGCCAAAUAUUGCCCCAAUGCUCUGGUCAAUAUGAUCAGCAACCCUGUGAAUUCAACUGUACCAAUUGCUGCUGAAAUCUUCAAGCUCAAGGGAGUAUAUGAUGAGAGGAGACUCUUUGGUGUAACCACUCUUGAUGUUGUUAGAGCCAAAACAUUCUAUGCGGGCAAGGCCCAAGCCAAUGUUGCUGAUGUCAACGUACCUGUUAUUGGUGGUCAUGCUGGAAUUACUAUUCUCCCCUUGUUUUCACAAGCCACACCCUCAGCAAAUCUGUCAGCUGGAGAAAUUACAGCUCUCACUAAGAGAACACAAGAUGGUGGAACUGAAGUUGUCGAAGCCAAGGCCGGAAAGGGAUCAGCUACACUUUCAAUGGCGUAUGCUGGGGCCAUAUUUGCCGAUGCUUGCCUAAAAGGGCUUAAUGGAGUCCCGGAUGUGGUAGAAUGUUCAUUUGUGCAGUCAACUGUGACAGAGCUACCUUUCUUUGCAUCAAAGGUAAGACUUGGGAAGAAUGGCGUGGAGGAAGUUUUAGGUCUGGGUCCUAUGACUGAUUUCGAGAAAGAAGGACUGAAAGCUCUAAUGCCAGAGUUGAAGUCAUCGAUUGAGAAGGGCAUUGCUUUUGUUCAUGGCGCUUGAGAAGUGGCAGGCUAGAUACUGACUCAAUUUUGCUGAUGUUGUAUUCUCUAUUGGUGUUUCUUGCUACCGCAGUGAAACAUUACAGCAAUAAGACAAGUUGUAUUACCUUCAAACAAUGGUUCUGAACCAGCCCUACGUAAUUUUUUCAGGAUAAUGUGUGCCAAAUAUUUAGCUGACCUUUUGUGUCAAGUCCUUGAAAUGAGUAUUUAACAAAAGUUGUUAAAUAAAUGCAGGGUUUUCUUUA